GAGACCCCCAUUCAGAACUUGGUUACCUUGUGACGAUUGGACAUCCCGGUGCCAGAAACAAUGCAAGAGAUUCUCCCAAUCGCCGAUGGUCCGCCCUAUAAAAUACGAGAGGGGUGGGGGUGGAGAGAGCCCCAAAAAGGCGGGCCACACUCAAGCCUGAUAACAUUUUACCUGAGAUAGGGAGUAGGAGCCCACACACACAACACACAACACACACAGACACCCUGUUGUACGUAUGAGCUGCCCACAGGCAAGUUUGAACUUAUUGAUCUGGUAGCACCUACACCCUCCCAGACACCCACCUCCCGCUCUCGUCCCCAGCUCCAGAGCUGACGAAUGGAUUCUGAUGCGAGUCUGAUAUCGAGCCAGCCGUCGUCCCCGGAUCUGUUCCUGUCGGACGAGCCGACCUCGGGAUUCUCUGGCACGGUCUCGUCCACGCAGAGCGAGUGCGGCCGAGGGGGUCAGGGUCGGCCCAGGGAGCCGCUUCGGGCGAAGGACAAGAAGCAGAUGAGCGAGUCCGAGCUGCAGCAGCUCCGGCUGAAGAUCAACAGCCGGGAACGCAAGAGGAUGCACGACCUGAACAUCGCCAUGGACGGCCUCAGGGAAGUCAUGCCUUACGCCCACGGCCCCUCGGUGCGGAAACUGUCCAAAAUCGCCACGCUGCUGCUGGCCAGGAACUACAUCCUGAUGCUGACCAGCUCCCUGGAGGAGAUGAAGCGGCUGCUGGGCGAGAUCUACGGCGGUCACCACAGCAACUUCCAUCCAUCCCCGGCGUGCCAAGCCGGCCCGGCCCUGCCGCCUUCCCACGGCCCUCACCCUCUCCCACACCCGGCUAUGGUCCCCGCCGUCACCUCGGCCCCUCUAGCUGGUGCUAGCCUCUCACCCGCCGCCGCCGUCCGGGCCCCGGGCAGCCUCCUGAAGACGGCUGGCGCCGCCGCCUCGGGUUUCCAGCAGUGGGCUGGCAUGCCGUGCCCGUGCACAAUGUGCCAGGUACCGCCGCCUCCUCAUGUGUCCAGCGCUGGCAUGGCCCGGUUACCGUCAGACACCAAAUGAAGCAGAGGAAGCCAAGAAACUGGACUCCUCCGACCGCUCCCAGUCACUCAGCCAAGGUCUUUCCCGAACGAUCGAAAGCGGUAAGUGUAAGCUCCGACAAAAACCAAAAAUUGCCUGAAAAGCUCAGCAGGUCGGGCAGCAUCUGUGGAGAGAAGCCAGAGUUAACGUUUUGGGUCCAGUGACCCUCCUCCCCAUAAAUGACAAACAUAUUGAACGGUGUGAGCGGCGUUUUGUUUUCAUUCAUUGCAUCCUGCUUGCUGGCGGGAAAUAUUGUAACUAUUAACAAGACUUUAAAAAAAUAUAUGCAUAUAAAAGUUAGGGCUAAGUGCAUACCUGCCCCGGCGCCACCCUCUACCCCAUCCCCCACUCCACCCGCUCCCUCUAACCGGUCUAUCCCAAUGGAUCGACUCGGUGCAUGUGUGAGGAAGAGGUAUUGAGGGAAGAAAGUGGAUGUUGAGGUAUACUCCCAGGACAGCUACUGCCCGGGGCAUUACGCUAUAACCUGCCAAAAUAUGCG